CCCCGACUCCAGUGAAUACCCCGACUCUGUUGGGAUGAAGGAGGUGUGUCGUGUGUGCUCCGGGGAUCUGUGUGGGAACCAGCGGCGAUGGCUCUUCCACCCGUCAGCCAAGCUAAAGCUGCAGGUUCUGUUGUCUCAGGCUCUUGGCCGCGAGCUUCAGCGCGACGGGCGCCGCGAGUUCGUCUGCAGCAAGUGCUCCUUCAUGCUGGACCGCAUGUUCCGCUUCGACACGGUGAUCGCCCGCGUGCAGGCGCUGUCCCUUGCGCGUCUGCGCAGACUCCUGCAGGAGAGGGAGCGUCUGCGCAUCUGCAUCACUGCGCUCUAUAACAAACACAACUUGCAGGGGGCGCCGGAGGCGAGCGCUGAUGACCCGUCCCUUCACCAGUACUGUGCGCUGCUGCAGGAGGACCUCACCUACUCCAUGCACGAGUCCUGGGCGGAGGACGAGGAGCAGAUGUGGGAGUGUUCCCUCAAUCCCCCGUGCCGCACGUUAGAGUCGUCCUCGCGCAGGUGCCGAGCGCUGCGUGUCUCCGACGCUGACUACGAGGCCGUGUGUAAAGUGCCCCGGAAGCUGUGGAGGAGCGUCUCCUGUGGCCCGUCCACACGCUACUCCAGGACCGCCACCGGGAGCGCCUGUGGGGAAGAGCGGACCGCCACCGGGAGCGCCUGUGGGGAAGAGCGGACCGCCACCGGGAGCGCCUGUGGGGAAGAGCGGACCGGCACCGGGAGCGCCUGUGGGGAAGAGCGGACCGGCACCGGGAGCGCCUGUGGGGAAGAGCGGACCGGCACCGGGAGCGCCUGUGGGGAAGAGCGGACCGGCACCGGGAGCGCCUGUGGGGAAGAGCGGACCGCCACCGGGAGCGCCUGUGGGGAAGAGCGGACCGCCACCGGGAGCCACUGGACGUCCAGCUCAUCAGACGGUGAUCACACACUCCGAGAGCGGCUGAGCUGCGGCGGCUCGCUGGAAUCCCUGGAUGCGUCUGAGGAGCAUCUCGGGGCAUCCGAGGAACCUCCGUCACGGCUGGCGCUGGUUCUGCUGCAGGACUGUGUGUACCGGCCCGUCCGGACUCCUCCUGGCUGCAGGCUCCCUGUUCUGGUGCAUCCUGGGGUUUUUAAUGGAGGAGCUAAACUGGCCAGUCCAGAGCAGGGGAUCCUGUUUGGUGGAGCGAACCACAUGAUGCUGGAGCCGGAGAGAGACACGCCGGAGCCGGAGAGAGUCCCGCUGGAGCCGGCUCUGGAGGAGUCGGAGCUGCAGGACGAGUACCUGCCCUUCUGUUUCCGGAGGCUCCCACAGACUCUGAUGGAGGAGCAGCAGACGCAGACGCUUCAGUUUGAUCACAGCGCGGGACAGUGUGUCGCUCAACUGCAGAAUGCACAGAUGCAGGUCGAGGCUCUGCAGACUCAGAUCCAUCACAGCGAGACCAGCAACAAGAAGCUGCAGGAGAAAGUGUGUGAGAUGGAGUCAGAGCUGCUGUCCAUCAGACAAGCUGCACAGAACCAGCAGAGAACCAUCCAGAACCUCACAGACAGCCUGAGAACGAAAGACACAGAGACUCAGGAGCUCUACCAUGUGAUUGAGGACCAGAAAAACACACUGUGUAAACUCACAGAGACACACCAGCAGCAGCUGCAACACACACAGGCUCUAGAUGGCACUGUGGACUCGAGCUCUCUGUUCUCCUGUCAGCUGGAGGCCCAUCACACACACACACACACACUGACCCAGAGACGCCUGGAGGAUCUGAAGCGCUCGCGAGACCGACUGCAGGACGAGCUGCGGGACGCAGAUGAGCACAGAGAGACCACACACACACACAACCAGGAUCUGUGUGAGACGCUGGAGCAGCUGCGGUCUGAGCUGCGGGUGAAAGUGUGUGAGCUGAGAGACCGUGAGGCCGAAACACACUCCGACAUCAGCGACAGAGACGAGACCAUCGCACAGCUACAGAAGAGCUUACGCCGCAAACACACACUGCUGCAGGAGUAUUCAGAGCUGCUGAACUCCAGCGGAGCCUCAGAGAGAGACACACUUCUGCACGCGCUCAGGAGUCGCAUCCGAGACCGAGACGCCGCUCUGGAGCGCUCGAUCGAUGAGAAGUUCCUCUGUCUGGAGGAGAAGGACGCUGAAGUGCAUCGACUGCAGCUGAUGCUGCGCGAGAAAGACCGAGACCUGGAGAGACUGCGCUGCGUCCUCAACAACACCAACGACACCGUCACGGGUCUGGAUGCUCUGGUGCACAGUAAGGAGCUGGAAUUAGAGAGAACACUGGAAACGUGCCGAAAGCUGGAGUGGAUGAAACAGCAGAGCGAUGAGAACCACACACUCGCUGUUCGAGAGAGAGACGGCGUCAUCCAGCGGCUGCAAACUGCUCUACACACACACAGCAAAGAGACUGAGGAGCUCCGGUCAGUGUUGUUGGGAAAGCUGUCGGCCACUGAUGUCUUGCAGGAACUCCAGGCUCGUCUCUCUACGAGAGAGCGUCUGUUUCAGGAAGUGAUGUCAGAGCGCAGUCUCCAGCUGCAGGAACACCACACACACCUGACGGAGCUGCUCAACACCAUCAGCUCCAGAGAUCAGGAAAAGAAGGAUUACGGGGAGAGGUUGGGACGGGUGAUAUCCGAGCGAUCCGCUCAGUUGCAGGAGUUGCGGCGGCAGCUGUCGUCUCGGGAACAGGAGCUGCACGAUGUGAACCGGGAGAGAGAGAGGGACGUUUCUGCGGCCCGAGAACUGAAGAGACUCCAGAACGUCCUCAAGGAGAAAGACUCACUUAUACAGGAGUUACUGCAGGGUCAGAGCUCCACAGCAGCAGAACUGGCUGUGUGUACGAGCAGCUCAGGCGAUCUAGAGAUUCAAGCGAUCAGAGAUGAGCUACAGCUGACCCUCAGAAAAGAAAGAGAGACUGAGCGGGAGCUGUCAGAGUUGCGGUCUCUUUUGGCUGCGAGGCAUCAUGACACACUGAGAACUGAUCAGCAGUGUGUUCUGCAGCAGCUCGUGUCAGAGCAGCAGGCGCUGAAUGAAGCUCUGAGAGCCGAAAAGAGUCUUUAUCAGUCGCUCAGAGGCAUCCAGAGUCCAGCAGAAAGCAGCGCUGAGAAGACCCGAGCACUGGACGAACAGCUGGACUCUCUUCAGGCGCUGCGGGAGCUGCUGGGACACACACUAGAGACGAGUCGACACACAGCGCUGGCGAUGGACCGACACACACUGGAGAUGGACCGGGCCGCACAGGUCCAGGACGAUUAUGGAGAAUCCAGCAGUGAUGAAGAUGAUGAAGAUCAUGACAGCAGUGAUGAAGAUGAAGAGUUCACGGACAGCAUCGAAGACAAUGACAUCACACUCACGGCUCAGAGUCUGACGAGCGCGCAGUUUACUGUGUUCUCCUGUCAGAGAGCUGAGGAGGGCGGCAGGCCGGUGAUGUCCCAGAAUGCACCAGAGGGGGUAAGAUGUGAUGAGGUGGAGAGAAAUCAAGACGAAUGUAAGAUGGUUGAAGUGACGGUCCAAGCUGAGGAUUCCUCACUUACUCACGUCAGAAACACACCUGAAGAACGUCUUGCACUGGAUCACAGUGAGUCUGGAUCAGCAGUGAAGGAGGUGUGUGUGAGGAGUCGAGGCUUGGAGAAGUGUGAAGCAGACCGGAGAAACUCCCAUGAGCCUCAGAGAGAUUACCGUACGUGCAGCGAGGAAGAGGAGGAAGAGUCUGACGAUGAAGAUGGAGAGGAAGAUGUCAGAGUGCCUUUAGGGAAACGCGGGCCGCCGUGUGUGAAGCUGCGGGAGAGCAGGAGGAAGAGGAGAUGCACAAGACCACACUCACUGGACCUCGGAGCGCUGCUGUCACACACACCUGCAGCUCAGGAUGAGGAAAUGGAGAGAGAGGUCGAGGGCGACAGCAACGGGUCGAGCGGCGGAGGUGGCGGAGCCGUCGGGUUCUGGCAGCAUGUGGAGGCGGGGCUUCGGGAGCAGGCAGAGCGUCUCCGUAGCGACCUGGCUGUCAGUCGUCAGGAAAGCCGCGAGCUGCAGGAGAGACUGAUGGUGUCAGAGGCAACAGUGCAUGCGCAGGCCGAACAGCUGAACGACUACAGAGAGCUGCUCACGGAGAGCGCCGUCCAGCGGGACAGCAAGCAGGUACAGGUAGAUCUUCAGGAUCUGGGAUACGAGACGAGUGGCCGCAGUGAGAAUGAAGCGGAGCGAGAGGAGGCCAGCAGCCCCGAGUUUGAUGAGUUGGAGAUGUGCGGCUCUCUCUCGGUGACGGGGAACCAACGCUGCGGUUGGCAUGGCGACAGCGAUGCCGCUCAGACCGACGACCCGUCCUCACUAAAGUGUUUGGUGCAGGACCUGCGCGCGCAACUCUCUCGCUGCCACAAAGUGAUCCGCGGCCUGCAGCUGCGCAUGCGCUCGUUCUCGACCACCUCCGACUACGCCUCCAGCCUGGAGCGCACGCCCCGCAAGGUGAACUGGGCGUUUGAGGCUCUGGAGGAGGACGAGGGCUGGCAGUCUGAUGGGCCUCUGAGACCCAGCCGAGAGAAGCAGGAGCUGGUGACCCGAGUGGCACUGCUGGAGACACAGAUCCAGAGCAAGAGCCCGGAGGAGGGCAGAUGUGCCACCUGGCCUGGGAAGUACAACACACUGAUCCAGGCCCAGGCGCGGGAGCUGUCACACCUGAGGCAGAAGAUGAGAGAAGGCAGAGGAAUCUGCCACAUCCUCACACAACACCUGAGCGACACCACCAAAGCCUUCGAGGAGCUGCUGCGCGCCAACGACAUCGACUACUACAUGAGCCAGAGCUUCCGAGAGCAGCUUUCCCAGAGUUCCUCACUCGCUCAGAGAGUCAGCAGCAAGAUCAGUGGACGUGAUCGUUCAGAGCAGCGAGACGAUAAAGCGGGUCACGAGCUGCUAGCGCUGAGGUUGAGUAAGGAGCUCCAGCACAAAGAUCAGAUCAUAGAGUCUCUCCACACACAGUUACAGAAGCGCAGUGACACGCCCCGCAGCAGCCAUGCCCCCUCUGAGACAACCGACCAAUCAGACUGCAUCUCCUUCGUGUCGGAUGAGAGGGGCUCCACCAAUGAGGAGCUGUGCUCGAACAGUGAGUUUGCACAGGAGGAGACAGAGCCCGAGACAAAUGAUGGAGCGUUCAGCGCGCCACACUCUCUCUCCAGCUAUCAGCUGGCCGUGCACAUGCCUGUAUCCCAUCAUGCACUGGGGAAGAGUGGAGGCCCAUCUGUGCAGACAGAUGCAUUGUGGGACAUGGAGAAUAUGAUUAAGCCAAUCAGAGGUUUUAAUGGAUCAUCGUAUUAUCAGUCUGGCAACAGCCAAUCAGGUGUAGACGUGAUCGAGGAGCAUCUGAGAGAGAUUCGAUCUUUGCGCCAACGACUGGAAGAUUCCAUCAGAACCAACGAGAGAUUGAGACAGCAGUUACAGGGACGCCUGUCCACAGCGAGAGACACAGCGGCUCCUACCAACAUCUUUAUCCAGAGCCAUGGUACAGUCAGUCAACUAACCAAUGAAAUCAGAGCAUUAAAGGAGGAAAAUCUUGCACUACAGUCCAGGAUACAAGCCAGCAGAGACAGCAGUGAAGAGGUGAAGCAGCUCAGGGAGGCGGUGCUGUCUGGGCGUGUUCGCCUGCAGCAGGUGGAGUUAGAGGCGGAGUUAGAGGCGAAGCAAUGGAAGGAGGAGUUGAGGAGGCUGCAGACGCACAACUGUGAGCAAAGCCAACAAAUCCAACAACUGCGACAAGACAGACAAAACAGUCAGGAGCACAACAACAGACUGCAGCACGAGGUGAGUUUACUCCAGCAGCAGUUAGCAGAGAGCAGACAGCUUCUACACUCCCUACAGAGUGAACUACAGCUGUACAACCGAGUGUGUGGCGCGAGAAAGAGCACAGCUGCAGGGUGUGUGUGUGAGGUGCCGUGCCCGUCAGUGGAGUUGCGAGAGCUGCUGGUGGAGGUUCGGGCUCUCAGGGUCCAGCUGGAGGUCAGUGUACAGGAGAACAGUUCUCUUCGGGCUCAACUCCAGAAGCUGGAUCACUCGUCCGAUCAGCGCCGGUCACCCAUCGUUCCGGCCAGUCCACUGAGAGACGUGCUUUACCGGCGACUGAUUCUCCACGACCCGUCUCCUUCUCCUCCUGUCAGAGAUGUGGGUCCGUUUCCAGCCGGGCCUCUGUACUCGCCAUACUCGGAGAUGGAGGAGACUAACGACUCUCUGGAGCCUCAUGCGGACCUGGAAGGAGAGGCUCCGGACGGGUCGUUCGCCCACAGUAACGGGCGUCACGCGGUCGGGCACGUGGAUGAUCACGGGUCUCUGCAGCAGCAGGUUCUGGAGGCCCGGGUUCUGGUCCAGCGGAUGGAGGCGGCGCUGACCGAGAGUCUCGACUCGGCUCUGAUGGAGAAGGCUCUGGACUACAGCACGGUGAAGGCGCUGCUCUCGGACACCAAGACCUUGCACCAGAUUCUGGACGAGGCCGUAUCCCUGCUGAAGAUGUUCUGGCGAGCGGCUCUGCCGAGCAGCGACGGGGCCGUCCAUCUCCUUCAGAGGGAGCAGUCGAUGCGCGAGGAGAUCCAGUUUCUGCGUCUGCGGAUCGCCCAGCAGGAGGAGGUUCUGCAGGGAACCAUCACACGUUUGCGCUCCACCAGCAGAACCAAAGAAAGCAUGGAGACCUUCAUCGUCAACCAGCUGUCCCGGACUCGAGACGUGCUGAAGAAAGCUCGAGCGAAUCUAGAGAAGAAUGAACUGAGGAUUUCCUCUCUAAGCUCCUCCUCUUCCUCCCUUUGCCAUGGUAACGGUCAGUCUUCCUCUUCUGCUCGCCUGAGCCCCGCGUGUCCUGAGAUCCGCACGGAAACAGCUCGUCUGCAGCAGCCGGCCCGGCGGGUCAGGGAGUUCCUCCAGCUCACCGUCUCCCGCUGAACCAGCGACUCUGCUAACUCAC